AUUUUAACUUUUCCUCGCCGCCUCCACGCUUUCCUCGAAUCCUUCGUCGCCCAGUCGUGGUGGACCGGAACUACUCCACCACCACCACCACCACCACCAGGGAGGUCCAUCCGGUGGCGAGCGCGAGGGAGGAACAUGCGCCUUGAUUCUUCCGCUCGCGCAAGCUUCGGCGGAGUUCCCACCCACCUCUGCUGACGCCGCGCCUCCGAUCUCUCAUCGCCCCGGGACCCCUCCGCCGCCGGAUCUGCUCCGGCGAUGGGGGAGCAGCCGCAGCCGCAGCAGGAGCCGCUCCUCGAGGUAGAACAAUGUGUCACUUCCAUACCAGAAGAUCAUGAAGCCACUUGCUGGGGCUGCGGUCUUCGGCUUGUAUUUUCAAGUUAUUCACCUGUCUACAAGUGUGGCUGGUGUGGAGCAGUCACCCAAGGCAACCAAACUUCAAGAAAACCUGACAGUGUAUGUUUUUCUCACUGGAGGCGUUUCCGGGAUGGGUUCUUUGUGACUGUGCUUGCCCUCUUCAUGCUCUUCGUUAUAUGUGGCGGGGUCUGGGCGGUGUAUCCAGUUGUUUUCUCAAUCAGCAUCUUCUGUGGCAUCUUUCACUGCACAGUAGCAGCUCUCUUAUCUGUAUUUACAAUUGCAAGUUAUUGUUUGGCCUCUUUCAAGUCUGCUGGUGCACCACCAGGCAUACGUUGGGGUAGCUAUCCCAUGGUUGGAAAAAAUGAUCUUGAGAACUAUACUUUCUGUACAUAUUGUAGUAAACCUAAACCCCCAAGAGCACAUCACUGCCGAUCUUGUAAAACAUGUGUGGUGGACAUGGAUCAUCAUUGCCCAUUUAUUGGGAACUGUGUGGGAGCUUCAAAUCACCAAGCUUUUGUCAUUUUUCUCAUCUCUGUGGUCACAAGUUGCAGCUAUGCUGCUAUUAUGACCAUUUAUGCAAGUUAUCGUAUAUGGCCCCCUCUAGAGUUUCCAAAUGUAUCAUCAUAUGGUCAAAUGGGUUCUAAGAAAGUACUGAUGGAGAUCAUUAUUAGCGUGGCCAGUUCUGCAUUCUUCCUAUCAGCAAGGGGUAUAAUUCUGGUAUAUCUUGCAUUUGCCAGUCUAUCAGUUAAUGCAGGUAUAGCUGUAUUGCUGUGCCAGCAACUUAGCUUAAUAUAUGAAGGAAAUACAUAUCUUAGCCAUAUAAGUUCACCAACUGAUAUUCAUGGAGAGAGAGGAUUGCGAAAUCUUGUUCGAUUUUUCGGGUGCCCCUACCCUCUUUCUAGACUAUUGUUGGGCUACACCAACACUGGCAAGUCGCAGAACAAUUCAGGCUCAAAACUUCUUUAGAGGGUCCAUUGCUAAUAUGUACAUUUCACCAAUUGAGGGAAGGAUGUUUGGUUCUGCAUUUCUGCUGCCCAAUAGCCAAUUAGUCUGUACAACUGAAGCUGGUGAUGUAAAAUAGCAGUGAUGUACUCCCUCCGUUCCGAUUUACUCGUCGUGGUUUUAGUUCAAAACCACGACGAGUAAAUCGGAACGGAGGGAGUACAUGAUAAUUCCUAAUCUAUAAGGGGGGCUUUGUUACAAAGAUUUUCUUUUGGAUUCAGUAGUAGUAAAACGGCUGCCUUCAGGUGGAUGUUUCACCGGCGUUGCUUUACUCAGAACAGUUUCAGUUCAUGCUGAAAUACAAUGUGGCCCUAUCUGUUCAUUUCCUACAGAUGAUCUUGCUGCUC